AGUGCUGAAUGUCAGAAACGCCGGGAGGAGAGACACCGGAUCACACACAUACACACACUCCUGCGGUACAACCGGAUCCAGUGCGUUUAACCGGCCCUACCUUUUGAUUCAGCGAGGCUAAGCGCAGGACUGCAGUGUAUAAUCUCCAGUCUCUUGAGUUUGUUUUCCUUUGCUAUUUUACGUUUCAGUAAUGCGAAUGCGAAAACGAAAAGACAGCGCAGAUCAUGACAGCUGUGCACUACUGGACGACAGCUCCGACCUAAAGCAUUGCAACAAACACACACACGCUGGUACUGAUCCAGGAGGUUCAGAGAAAGCUAUGGGAAGACGCUACAGGAGAGGUGGUCUGAUGUGGCGGAUGACGAGGAUAAUAAUCUGGGUGCUCGGAAUCUACAUCGCCAUCCCUGUUAUCAUCAAACUCUGUCCAUCAAUACAAGCAAAACUAGUAUUUUUAAACUUUGUGCGCGUGCCGUAUUUUAUAGAUCUGAAGAGGCCACAGGAUCAGGGCUUGAACCACACUCGUAACUUCUACCUGCAGCCAGAGGAGGGAAUCAACAUUGGAGUAUGGCACACUGUACCUGCAGUGAUGUGGAGGGAGGCUCAGGGUGAAGAUGCUGAGUGGUAUGACCGAAGCUUCCAGUCCAAUCACCCUGUCAUCCUUUAUCUCCACGGCAAUGCGGGGACAAGAGGAGGGGAUCACAGAGUUCAGCUCUACAAGGUCCUCAGUUCAUUAGGCUACCAUGUAGUCACAUUCGAUUACAGAGGUUGGGGUGACUCUGAAGGCAGCCCUUCAGAGAAAAUGAUGACAUUAGAUGCCGUCUUCCUCUACCAGUGGAUAAAGCAAAGGAUUGGUCAGAAGCCCCUCUACAUCUGGGGUCACUCGCUGGGCACAGGAGUUGCCACUAACCUAGUGAGGCGUCUGUGCGACCGGGGGACACCACCUGACGCGCUGAUCCUAGAGUCACCCUUUACAAAUAUUAGAGAGGAAGCCAAGAGCCAUCCCUUCUCUAUGGUUUACAGAUAUCUACCAGGAUUCGACUGGUUCUUCCUGGAUGCUAUAACUGCAAACGACAUUCGAUUUGCCAGCGACGAGAAUGUGAACCACAUAUCCUGUCCGGUUCUGAUCUUGCAUGCAGAAGAUGACACAGUUGUUCCCUUCCAGCUUGGAAAAAAGCUGUAUGAUUUGGCUGCUCAGAGUAAGAGUCUGAACGGACAUAAAGUGCAGUUUUUCCCUUUCCCCAGCUCUCUGGGCUACCGACAUAAGUUUAUCUACAAAAGCCCACAGCUAUCAAACAUACUCAGUGAGUUCCUCAGUACAUCGCAUCCUCACGUGUAGUCAAGAUAAUUUCACCUGACUGCCCUCUCACACACACCCACAUGUACAUGUGUACACACAGCACUGUGUACAUCAUGUGUAUAUGCAAUGCGCACACAAGCAUGGACUGAAGAUGCACUAGUUCUUUUGCAUUCCUAUGUUAACUUAAAACCUAAGGAAGGAGAAAGUUUUCAGUUUUUCAGGCUGAUUUGUUUCACUGCCUCCUGUUGUCAUGGUAACUGAUCUGAAGGGGCAGCUAGAACACACAGUAUGCAAAAUUAUUUGCAAAUAUGCACUAAAAUUAAUGCUUAAGUCAACAAACCAUCAAAUGAAUAAAGAAUACCAGCUGAAGUUUUAACGAUGGCACUGCGAAGACCACACGUGGAUCACGGUCAAAGGAACAACAUGCUAUUAUGAUGUCACUUUUCUGUGGCGAGAACGGUCAGUGCAAGCUGACUGUGAUUCACUCCUUUUUUACAAAUGUACUAAAAUGAUCAACAAUAUCAUGGACCUUAUUAAAUUCUGAAAUCCACUCAAUGUGAAUAAAACGGGUUUUUUUUUAGGUUGAACUUGGAUUAUGUACAAAACAAAUGUACUCUUUAUUUUAUUCAUUUAAAAUUUUCACCUUAAUGAGCUAAACUUAACGGGAUAUAUUUGUUAUUGGAUAAACCUGCAGCUGUGAUUUAUAUUGCUGUGUUUUGUUUGGUUGCUUGCUAUGCAUAUGUCCACAGUCAGAAAGGAAUGACAUUGUGAAAUGAGAAUUCCUUCUCCAAAACCACAAAUGGUAUGUGAUUAUUUAUCAAAAAAAAUAUAUAAGUCAGUUGAUCGCUACUAGUUUGCAUGCCUGUUACCGAAAAAAAAAAAAAAGAGAACUGCAAACUGUAUAAAUAGGUUUCUUUCUGUAUGUGAACUAUAUCCUAUUUUUUUUUUAAAGUUGUUUUACCCUUUGCACAUUCCAGAAAAAGACAACUGGUUACUUAUUACCUGGACAUGUUCAUUUACAUAUCUUAUAUGAAGAUCUUUAUUUAUUUGUAUUAAUAUGAAAUGAAUUUCAGUGCCCUCUCUUUUACUAUAGAGCCAAAAAUGCCUGCAAGUCAGCACCUUAGAGACAUAAGAACGGCUUUGGUGACUGUCCAUCUUGAAAAUGUUUUUUCUUUUCUUUCAAUGAGCUCUUUAACGUCUUAUCAGGAUUCCAAAUACCUCAUUAAUGUUCAGUAGCAGUCUGAUGGGACUUUGUGCAAAGCAUGUGAGGUCUCCAAAUGAAAUACUUUGAUUUUAUCCAAACAUCCAUUUUAGUGUGUCUUCCAGUAUUUUAUAAUUGGGUUCUCUUGUUUGGCUUAAUGUUUGAUAGGGGUUUUAAUGGGCAGUUUAUUGGGGGAUAUAUAAAUAUGCAAAUGAUGUCAAAUUAAGUCAAGGACCUAUUUAAGCACCCAGAUCCAUGAUUCUAUCAAAUAAAUAUUUAGCAAUAAUUACAUCUUUGAUGUGCUCUGAUGUCUUAUGUACAUACAGUAUAAUAAUUUUUUCUUUGUUGAGUGUAAUGACUCAUUCAAUCUGAUCAUUAUUAUCUGCAAAUGCAAAUCAUACAGUGUAAUAACUCGUUUGAGAAUCAAGCCUACUGUAUUGUUUCUCAAUGUGUCAGGGUCUAUUUGUCUAAGAUCAGUUUUUUUUUUCUUAUAGGGCUGAUUAUGACAGCAAGGUCAUGUGUGCAUGUAAGCUUUGAUAGUAGAUAUAAACUGGCUGUCCUUUCUGAAAAGGCUCUGUGCACUGCAAAUGUUAUUCUCAGGAAGAAAUUGUAUCACAGUAUUUUUCUGUCCUCUGCCAGUGUGUUGAAAUGGAAAUUCUGUCAUCAUUUACUCACCUUCAUGUUGCUCAAACCUGUAUUACUACACACAAAAGGAGAAAUUGUAUAGUUCUGCUGUCUAGCUAAAAAUUUACAAAAGCAAUUGUCCAUAUGACUUACGACUUGUUCACCAUAUUUCAGAGCUACAGCAGAGGGGAAGAUUUUCAGUGAAUAACCAUUUCAUUCUUUAGUUCUUUCUCGCAAAAAUCAAUUUAAUGUUUUAUUUUUUGAAGCUUCUUUGCAUUACACUAAGUUGUACAGGUGUGGAACAACAUGAGGGUGAGUAAACUAUUACAGAAUUAUCAUUUGCGGGUGAAUUAUUCCAUUAACCAAAAUCUUAGUUUGUGGAGCACUGUAUAGAAAUAGCACGAUAACCAGAAAUCAAGUUUUAGAAAAGUGCAAUAAGUUCUAAAGCUGAAGGACAACCUUACAAAAGACCAAAAAACAAAAUCACUUCUAUAUAUCAUACUAUUUCAAAAAAUGACUUUUAGUGGACCACAGAAUAUUUGGCUGUUACUGUUACUGCUCUGAACACAGAUUUUACUCUGCCGUCUUUAUUGACGUUGACCAAACUUUGCAUAUUUGAAUUCAACACUUUAUCUUUAAAAAAAAAAAAAAGUUUGUUUUGUAAUGAACUGAAAUACUGCCCAGUUAUUUCAACAGCAGCUUUUUGCAGAAUAUAACAUGAGUGAUUUACAAUGUUUGUUUUCUUUCUAAGCUGCUAAACCUUACUGAAUACCUGCACAGAUGUUAGUACAAUAUGUUUGUUUGUACACAAUAAAGGA